AUGGCACCCACCUUGCCUAAGUGGAAGACAGACAAGAUUGACCAACUCCUGUCGGCAGGCGCUUCUCACCGUGAUUUUCGAGCUAUUGCCGCCGAAUAUAAGACGACUUAUAAGACUAUAUGCGAGCGCUAUCGCAGGCUAGAGGCUUCGAAGGUUAUUGGGAACACCUUAGCGCGUCCAAGGGGCCCGACUCCAGUGAUUAAUCAUGAGAUCCAGAUGUUCUUGGUGGAUAUACUCGAAAGGGAGCCCAAUCUAUACCUCGACGAGAUGGCCGACUAUAUCUAUGCGGAAUUCGAGAUUAAGGUCACUAUAACCCAAGUAUCGAGGGCCGUUAAACGCCUAAAACAAACCAAUAAAUUGAUUCCCGUGUCUGCUGGCCAGAGGAAUCGGGAGCUUGUAUUGGCAUACCAGAGACGGAUGGUUUUUUGGGAUCCACGGCGUAUUUGCUUUGUCGACGAAUCAGCCUAUAAUGAGCGUACAGCUAGCAGGAGAAGGGAAUGGGCUCCCUACGGGGCUCCAGCCAAUAUCAAGAGACUCUUAACGAGGUCGGAUCGUUGGUCAAUCCUGCCUGCGUAUACUAUUGAUGGGUAUAUGGAGCAAAUUAUAUACCAGGGAUCAAUAACAACGGAGAUAUUUGAGAACUGGUUAGCUAACUUGGUCUUACCAAAGUGUGUGGCGCGUGGGAUCAAUAUCCUUAUUAUGGAUAACGCGUCGAUACAUAGAAAUGAGAGGGUAAAGGAACUCUGUACAGCAUGGGGAGUCCAGCUAGAGUGUUUGCCUCCAUAUUGUCCGUUUUUGAACCCAAUGGAGGAGAGCUUCGCCGAUAUAAAGAACUAUCUCCGGAAGAAUUGGAAGUGGUCGGAGCAGGGAUAUGAGGACUUUGAAGGCGCCCUAAUUGAGGCUUUGAAGUCUGUAGGGAGAGGCCCUGAGGCUGCAAAGAGGGCAAGAGGCUACUUUAGGCACUCUGGAUACGAAGGAGUGCCGACUAGUCCAAGCGAGCGUUCGUGA